AUGGCCAGCAACAUCCAAAUCUCUGAUGAUGGAGACUCCAGCCCUGAAAAGUUCAACGCUCAAAAUGAGGGCUUGAGAGAAUGGUUUGAAGAAUAUAUGUCAAUAGACGCCAACAAACUUGGUUCAGAUCAUCAUAUAUUUGAGGCUGUAGACUCUGAUGAGCUAGACGAGGAUUCAUUCGAACAGCGCAUUUCGAAUUUGGCAGCCACUCCCAUUCUCGGAAGAUUCUGCAUCAAAUGUCAAGAACUUUUUGAUAAUUGGCCGACAUUGGGCAAUUCUUCAACUAGAGAACACGAUUCAAAGCCUGGUUCGGAAGGUGGCUGGGAGCACACUGCUGUGAGGCCAUGUAACUCAUUCGAAUUGGAAGCAUCAACACGGGUUGGAUGCAAAUUUUGCGCGUUUUUGAUCCAACGCCUCAAAGACAGGAAACUCAUUGAACUCUUUCGUAAAAUUGAGAAUCGAUUGUUACUUUUGGGCGAAAGUUCAAUCUCAUUUUUAUCCAUUCAGAACUGGGGUGCAAACCCAACACAACUGCUGUGGUUAAAUCUACCGGGCAAAAUCUGCACUAGUAACAACGCCGGAACAGCGCCUAGGCUGAGAUUUGUGUCCCAUUUCCUCCCAUUAUCAGUUGAUUGUCAUGAAAAGUCGUCAGAUGUAUUCAGCACAGCGAAUGAUUGGCUAUCGCAUUGCAUUGAAAAGCAUGAAGCCUGCAAAAGCAAUAGCCAUGAAAAUUUGCCCACGCGACUUAUAUGUGUCGCUGAGGAAUCGCCACGACUUGUCUUCACGGCCGACUAUCAAGAGAGAUUGCGAUAUGCAGCUCUAUCUCAUAGCUGGGGUUCCCAUAGGGCUAUCGUGCUUACUUCCGAAAAUAUCGGCCAGUUAACGAGGGAAAUAUCAAUGAAGGUUCUUCCAAAGACUUUCAAGGACGCAAUCAAGAUUACACAGAAACUGGGCAUUGAUUACUUGUGGAUUGACUCUCUGUGCAUUAUACAGAAUGAUGACCAUGAUUGGCAAGAGGAGUCUGCGCUAAUGAGCUCAGUCUAUGGAGGUUCUUCUAUCACAAUUGCUGCUUCAUCAGCCCGCGAUAGUACCGAAGGUUGUUUUCUUGAAGCACCAAACUUCAGUGGCGGCCUUCGAGUACGAAUCAAUGAUGGUGGACGGCAAAGAGUGCAAGACUUCCUAUGCCAUGAGGAAUACAAUUAUUCUACCUUAGAAGCCCAUCUUGGAACAAGAGCAUGGGCGUUACAAGAGAAAAUCUUGCCACUACGGACCGUUCACUUCGGUGAUCGUGGCGCGUUUUGGGAAUGCAGGUCUCUAAUUGCUUCAGAGUUCUUCCCCGAUGGAUUUCGAGAUAAAUUUGUUAAACCACUUGUCUGCCGAACAGGGAUGCUUGAGUGGAAGUGGCAUCAAAUUGUGAAACUAUAUUCGGCAGCUAAUCUGACAUAUGGGAAAGACAAAUUACCAGCACUUUCUGGCAUUGCAAAAUCGGAAUUCGAUGAGCAUGACGAUCAGUAUUUGGCCGGCAUGUGGAGAGAAAAGAUCGAAGAGCAGCUUUGCUGGGGUCUGACAGAAAAUAACGCCUCGGAGCGACCGCUCUGGCGAGCUCCUUCUUGGUCUUGGACUUCCAUUGAUGGGCAAGUAGCAUGGCCUGAAUCAUACCAUGGUAGCCUCAAUAUUAGAUAUGCGCAUGUUGUGGAUGCCGGUACGACUCCUUACGGUCACAAUCCUUUCGGACAGGUUAUUGAUGGAUUUAUCCGGCUUGCUUGCUCUACUAUGGCAGUUGGCCAUAUUGUUCACACAGAGACUUUCGAUGAGGCAGGAUAUGAAGAUGCCACUGCAAUUUUGUUAGAUGUUCGCGGCCAAAAGAAGACGUUUCCAUGCUGUUUAGAUUGUCUAGAUGAUGUUGACCAAAACUAUGCUCGACCAAUAUAUUUGGUACCAGUAAUUGGAGGCAAAGGAGGCUCUUUCAUGUUCGGCAGUAAAGGAGAAAUCAUCCACCAAUUGUACGUUUUCGGUAUUGUUCUUCGAAAUACAAAUUCCGUAAUGGCAGCAUACAUAAGGAUUGGAUCUUUUUGCUUUCGCAAGUAUUCUGCAGAUUGGAAGGAGCUUGAGUUCCGCGAGCCAUUUCUACAAGCUCUAGAGGAACAAGGUCUGGCGACGGCUGAGACAGCAUGUUCUGAAAUUCUGUCAAAUGUCGAGCCUCCCGAUCAUCGGUAUCUCAUCACUAUUUUAUGA